UCACUUUGACAUUCAGGCUUAGCACUUUAUUUUAUUUUUCUCUGUUUAGUCUGUAGUUUUUCAUAUUUAUCUUUUAUAUUUUUUAAACAUUAGUUUAAAAAUAUAAAAUAUAUCAAUAAUGGGUAAAAGAUAUCAUUGUAAUUACUGCGACAAAACUAUGGUAGCUGCUCCAGCUAUCGUGAAAACACACAACAAAGGGGUUGUUCAUCAAAAAUUAGUCCAGGAACACUAUCAACAAUUCAAAGAUCCUGAAACUAUAUUAGCUGAAGAAAAGACAAAAAAGCCAUGCCUUAGAUUUACCAAAGGAGAGUGCAAAUUUGGUGGUAUAUGUAGAUACUCUCACUAUACGAAGGAACAAAUAGAAUCAUUAAAAGAAUAUGUUGCUGCCAAACAGAGGAACAAAACACAAAUCCACCAACCAUCAUUUGAGGAUCUAUAUCAAAAACUACAAGAUGAGAAAUCGAACAAACCUCUGUCUGAUGAAGGUAACACCAUACUCUACGACAACAAUGGUGUUACACAUAUACUGCCUUGGACAUACAAUAAUGACUUUGAUACUUAUGGUGAUAAUUUACCACCUAGUCUUCGAAGAUUUAAGAUUGAAGACUUUGUAAAUGCCAAUGUUACUGAAUGGGGAUAAAUAAAAUGGCCUUUAAAAGAUUAUGUUAUUGUCAUCAGAAAUACAUGGAAAAUAUAUCAAUGGUAUAAAAAGAGAAAAUUCAGUCUAUCAGUCUCCUAAGUAUAUUAUUGUUUUAUCUCAAAAACAAAAUAAUUAUGAUUUACAUAAUAUAAACAAAGAAAUGUAUACUGAAAUUAAUCCAGAUUCCAAUAUGGCUAAUCUUAACGAAUUAAACAAUAAAGGAAUUUUUAGAUUUGAUAUUAAAAAGGACAGGGCGGAAAGAGAAAAAGCCAAACUGGUAAAAUCACAGCAUGAACGUAAAAUGAAAGAGAUAACAGAAUUUAUGAAAGAUCAUUUAUUAACUACAAAUUAUUUUUAUAAUGAAAUAAAGAGAAUUAAAAGCUCACGACAAUUAAAAGAUGAUUUAAGAGAAAUGAUUAGUUAUCUUGAAAUCCCUACGAAUAAGGAUGUCAAAGAUGGAGUAUUGAAAUGCUUUAAAAAUUUCAAAGCAUGAAAAAGAAACCAAUAGAUGUUUGGAGACAUAAAACUAAUAAUUUAAUAAUAAAUGUAAUCAAAGAUCCGUAAAAUUACGGCUUCAUUAAUUAACUAUCUAUUAAUACAAUUUAUGGGAAAUAGUCAAGAAUAAGGCAAGCCAAACAAGCAAGUUUCUGGCGUAGUAUGAACAUUAUUAUAGUUCAAGAGCCUAAUUCUCAUUAUUUACAAAUAGGUAUCAAUGGAGUCCUAUUAAUGUAAAUAAAUACAUUUGUUUUUUUUUUUA